GGUAGCGUAAAAGGAGGGAGAGUGAGUAUCCCAUGUCGCUGCUGAAUUAAGACAAGUAAACUCUUUAAUUGGUUCGUUAGGACACGCUUUUCUUCGAAUUUCCUACCUUUGGAAGCCUGGGUAUCGCAUCUUUUCUAUGAUCUGAUUGCCUAAUGUCUUCCGCUUCCAGCUCUUCUUCGUCUUUUGUGGGUGUCGAGUCACCCGAUAGGAAUUCCAAUCCUAAGCCCAUCGAUGAACAAUUGGAAUCGCUAACGUUGGCUGGACGAGAUCAAUUGGGGAGUAAUCAUCAGGGAAGUGGGAAUGAGAUCUCCAAUGGGACGUUGAAUCGGAGGAGCAACGAGGAGGAUAGUCGAGAAAUUGAGAACCGGGAAGGUGAUAGUGUGGAGCGAGGAGUGGGUGGUAGUAGCGGAGUGGUAUGGGGGAGGGAGAAUUCGGGAGUGGGGGUGGGGGUGGAGGUGGAAGUUGAAGUGGAAGUGGAAGGGCCGCCGAGUCCCAGCAGCAGUGGAUACGCUGGUGAGCGGGGGAGUAGCAGUGCCACGAGCGCGUCUAGGAUGGACGAGGUGAGCGAGGUUGCUGAUGAAAUACAGGAAGAGAGGAAUGAAGUGUUCCUUGAGGGAGUGUCAGAUUCCCAGACAUCGUGGCUCCCUGGGAAAAAGCAUGUUGAUGAGGAUGAUGCUUCAAUAUCAUGGAGAAAGAGGAAAAAACACUUCUUUAUUUUGAGUAAUUCUGGCAAACCAAUAUAUUCCAGAUAUGGAGACGAGCACAAGCUAGCAGGUUUUUCAGCAACACUUCAAGCCAUCAUUUCUUUUGUGGAGAAUGGGAGAGAUCGCAUCAAUUUGGUGAGAGCAGGAAAGCACCAGGUAUGUUUAUAUUUUCUCUGUGCUCAGGUAAAAAAUUAGUGUUUGUUGAGUUUUCAACUUGAUGAUAAAUACAUUAAUUAGAACAGCUUUAUCAUCAUCUUGGCUAUUUAAUCUUAACAUGGUAAUUGUAAAUUCCUAAUAUUAUAUCUUUCAUCUGAAAUAUUUCAAGAGUACAACAAAAGGAAGCUGCAAGUUGAUUUGCAGUGAACUUUGAAUAUAGCUGUCUUGUUGGUGGUUGUUUUAACCAUGGUUAAGGAUACAGUCCAAUCAAUCAGAGCAUAUUUAGUUCUCUUCGUGCUUGCAGAUACUAAUCUUCUGAUUUUGAUAUUACAAAAUCCAGUCCUUUUAGUUCUUUAAUCAGUAUAAUGAGACACUGACGAAAUUUUGUGUCCAGGUGGUCUUCCUUGUUAAGGGACCAAUUUACUUAGUUUGUAUCAGUUGCACAGAAGAACCAUAUGAAUCAUUAAGGGGCCAAUUAGAGCUUAUUUAUGGUCAGAUGAUACUUAUCUUAACAAAGUCCAUAAACAGAUGUUUCGAGAAGAAUCCCAAGUUUGAUAUGACACCUUUGCUUGGAGGAACAGAUGUUGUUUUCUCAUCUCUCAUCCAUUCCUUCAGUUGGAACCCAGCUACAUUUCUUCAUGCAUAUACUUGUCUUCCUCUUGCUUACGCAACAAGGCAAGCAGCAGGUGCUAUAUUGCAAGAUGUGGCUGAUUCAGGUGUUCUGUUUGCCAUACUGAUGUGUAAACACAAGGUUGUUAGUCUUGUUGGUGCACAAAAAGCGUCUCUUCACCCAGAUGAUAUGUUGCUACUUUCAAACUUUGUAAUGUCAUCAGAAUCAUUUAGGCAAGUAGAAUAAACUUUGUAAUUAAUGUUUUAUUGAUGAACUCAGAGGAGCAUAUGAUGACAGCUGACUGAGAAGUCUUCACUGUGCUAAUUGGAGCAAUAUUAUGUGUUUUAACUAUGCAUAUCAAGUUGCUCUAUAAGCUUGAAGCAGUAAUGCUAACUUUAGCUUAGCUUAGCUUAGUUCCCUCCUUCUUGUCCCACCCUCUGAGCAUCUUCAUUUUGGCCAAAGUUAUCAUAUGCGAUGCAGAACUGUUCUUUCCAUUGGGCAUGACUUGAUCCAAUGUCAUAAUAAUAAAAAACCUUAUUC